AUGAGAUUUAUCUGGAUAAUCCUUGUUUUAAAUCAAGUACAAUGCGAAAAUAUUGAAUGUGUUCAUGAUCCUUCUCUUGCUGGACGAUGUCUUCGUCCACUUUUGGAUGUAUGGGAAGCAAUUCGAGAAACUGAAACAGUUGCCAGAGAUCUUCUUUUUCCGGUGCCGUUCUACUCGAAAAUUGCUGUUCACAAGCUCUGCGCAUCCUACAUUACCGUCACCGACGAAUGCUCGGCUAAUGACCAAAUGCGCAAAUGUCCCCCGGAUCCAAUUAUACAAUUUGUUGAUAGCCACUUGAAGUUCGUAUGCGGUCAGUAUGGACCAGCUGUUAUGGACAACUUUGACUGCGUAUCCAAGUCGCUACUUGAGUUACAGCAUUGCCGGGAGCACAUACGUGGAGUUCCAAAUCCAAUGCAAAAUUCUGGGAAAUGCGAUGGUAUGGUCACAUUCUUCGAUUGCAUCAAGGAUAGGCUCAAUUUAGAAUGUGGGGAAAUUGCCACCUCACUUCUGGGAGCAUCAAUCGAAGAACUAGGCUGUUUAGAUGGUACUACCAAAUAUAACGACGUUUUGAAGCAAGUAAAUUCCACUGAUAUGCUGACUGAACAAUUUAGAAGAGACUAUUUCAAGAACGCACAGAAAAUGGAACUGAAGAUACCAUCCAUUAAAGCAGCUCGCACUUACGAAGAUUAUCCGAAGAUGCCAGAAAUAGCGUUUGCCAAAGAUGAAAAGAACAUAAAAAAGGAACUGGUAACUACUUCAAUCGAGGAUGAAGAAGACAACGCAACAAAACCUGCACAAUUUAUGGAUUCCACAGAAUCGGCAACAGUGGCAGCAACAGAAACGCCAGAGGUCGUCGCUUCUACACCUUCCGAGAGCACUACGGAGGAAUCAUCGAACGACGCCGUCGAGGAUGACACCUCGACUGAAGAACUUCAAGUUACGAAUGAAGUGGUUGAAACCACCACACAUCCGCCGUACUGCAUUCCACACCGCGAUCAUCUGACCAUCAGCAACUGUUACAAGGGCGUAAUGGCGAAAGCAGCGCUACUUUCUGCUGGAUCACCCGCUACGGCUACAAUUCAUUUCCCCUUAUAUAACGUGUCCGUUGAAGAUGUGGUCGCAUUGUGCGAUGACACUAGGGAUGCUACGAAGUGUAUGGAUGGAGUUGAUAAAUUCUGUUUGCAUCCGCAACUGAAUUUUGUGGAGCAGCAAUUCCUUGCCACCUGCGAACUUCUCAAAAUGCGAGAUUUCGAUAUUGACUACACCUGCAUUCAGAAGAAACUGCUAGAGAGGGAGGAUUGUGUGACAUACGUGAACGGCACGAUGGAUCCAAGCGAAGACAAAUGCGAAGGACAGGAAACGUUAUUGAGCUGUAUGAAAGCGGAACUUGAGCAGGAAUGUGGAGAAGAAUCAUACAACAGUGUUGUAACAAUGCUUCGAGGAUAUGGAUGCAAUAUUUCAGAUGAAAUAGUUGCUUGGAAUACCUCGACAAUUCUUCAUACUACCACGACUUCAUACAAAAUCGCUUCCGCAACAAAAACAUCAUCAACAACACAGAAGAUUUAUCAGGCUACUACUUUACCUCCGAGUUCGUUCUCCUCUAGCGUUGUCGAAGGAAGCGGGACUACAUUCGACACGGAACCCUCCUCUCCUAUCCCUCUUAUUGAUGACUCAUCCCAGAAAGUGCAUGAGUUACUAAACCUUCAAAAUAAUUUCUUGGCGACAACAGCAGUAAAUUUUGGAACAACACCAGCACAAGGAACCGUCCCCGUUGCUGGAAAUGACAAUGAAAUCGGUCCGGGGACACUCAUGGAAGACAAACUCUCUGAACUUUCAACUUCCACAGAAAAGGAAGAAUCAGUAAAUGAGGUCGAGGAAGAUUCUCCAUUAUUUAACUAUACAGUCUCAAGUAACUGUACAAGCAGUAUGCGAGAACAUGCUAGAGUAUGCACUGCACCUCUGAUGCGAACUUGGGCUGCGCUACGAGCUACGUGGCCUCAUUUAGCUGAGGUCACCUUCCCCGUCUACAAAUACUCACGAGUUCAACUUUUGGAGCUAUGCGAUAGUUAUGCGAACGUUUUCUUAUGUGCAAACAUAGACGAUAUUCGUGUUUGUCUCAUGGAUGAAUUAGUACGAUUCGCUCAAGAUCACCUCGGUUACAUCUGCUCACCACAAAAUAUACAACGAUUCAUGGGCCACUACGAUUGUAUCAUGGAGCAAGAGGCAUUGGGAAAGGAUAACUGUCGCCGGCAUAUUAUAGGAGAAGCCGUGCCCGGCAGGGAUGAGUAUAAAUGUCAUGGUGUGAGAUCGUACAGUUCUUGCCUGGCACCACAUCUGAUGAGGAACUGCGGCAAGGACGCGCUAAGGGAAUUCGACGCUAGUGUGCGACAGUUCGGCUGCCAGUCGGGAUUACUACAGGAUUAG